AUGCUGCUGGUGCUGGUGGUGCUCAUCCCCGUGCUGGUGAGCUCGGGAGGCCCGGAUGGCCACUAUGAGAUGCUGGGCACCUGCCGCAUGGUGUGCGACCCCUACCCCGCGCGGGGCCCCGGCGCCGGCGCGCGGCCCGACGGCGGCGACGCCCUAAGCGAGCAGAGCGGCGCGCCCCCGCCCUCCACGCUGGUGCAGGGCCCCCAGGGGAAACCGGGACGCACAGGCAAGCCGGGCCCCCCUGGGCCCCCCGGGGACCCAGGUCCUCCGGGUCCUGUAGGGCCACCCGGGGAGAAGGGUGAGCCGGGCAAGACCGGCCCUCCCGGGCUGCCAGGCGCGGGGGGCAGCGGCGCCAUCAGCACGGCCACCUACACCACGGUGCCGCGCGUGGCCUUCUACGCCGGCCUCAAGAAUCCUCACGAGGGUUACGAGGUGCUCAAGUUCGACGACGUGGUCACCAACCUCGGCAACAACUACGACGCGACCAGUGGCAAGUUUACGUGCAAUAUUCCCGGCACCUACUUUUUCACCUACCACGUCCUCAUGCGCGGCGGCGACGGCACCAGUAUGUGGGCGGACCUCUGCAAGAACGGCCAGGUGCGGGCCAGCGCCAUCGCCCAGGACGCAGACCAGAACUACGACUACGCCAGCAACAGCGUGAUCUUGCACCUGGAUGCGGGGGACGAGGUCUUCAUCAAACUGGAUGGGGGCAAAGCGCACGGAGGCAACAGCAACAAGUACAGCACCUUCUCCGGCUUCAUCAUCUACUCUGAUUGA